GCGCAGUCAAACGCGUCUCGUCCGCCGUGGCCACAGCAACGCAUCGCAUUCCCCGAUCUUUUGUGCCUUUCUGCUAAUCAGAUACUAAACACACACACACAAACGCACCGAUUGACGGUAUAUAUUUAAAAAUCAGUCGCGCGAGGGUGUCAUAUAUACUGCGAGUGCGAGUUAUACCCACACCGAUCGAUCUUUUAUGUGCAACUAGAGGGAGGGGAAACGACCGAGCUCCACAAAAUCUCUCACAAAUAUUUUUUGUUCUGCGCGACAUAGUGUUUUUUUCAAAGUUAUUUUCCCAAUCGAACCAAUAACUAAAUAAAAAGCAAAAAAUAAAAAUGGUCGAGACCGUGGUCAAUGUUGAGCGCACAACAACAACAACAACAAAUGGUCCACCCGGCGGACCAUCGUCCGAUGGUGGCUUCUGGAGCGCCAUACGCCUCAACAUUGACUAUUUCCGCAGCCUGCCGGGCAUCAUAAAGAUUGUGGAACUUGUGCUGGGCAUUAUUUGCAUGGCCCUGGCCGCGCCGCCACUAAACUCGGCCACCUCGUUCUUCAUGUUCGUCAUCGUCAUCUCGUUCAUCAUCACGAUCCUGCUGAUUGCCGCCUAUUUCCUGGGCAUACGCGAGGCCCUCAAUGUGGCCGUCAACUGGAUAUUCUCGGAGCUGAUCACCACUGCCGUACUGACGCUGCUGUACUUUAUUGGCUUCAUUGUUCAGCUGGCCAGAUGGUCAGAGUCCGGGGAGAAGGGCAGCGGCUCCAACACGGCCGCCGGCGUCUUUGGGCUCUUCAACUUCUUGGCUUAUGCGGCGGGCACGUACUUCCUGUUCCUGGCCCACAGAUCGGGAGCUACCCAUUAGUCUGGAUGCAAGCAGCAGCAGCAGCAGCAGCAGC